GAGACCCGCUGGGGAACAAAGUUUAUAAGCAAAAGGCAAUUACCACCUGGAUGGAGACUAAAGGAGUCAAGAUAGCAUCAAAAAGUUUUCAGGGUAAAGAUAACAAUAACAUGGAAUCAGGGUCCAAGAUGAGUUCCGCUCAAGAGGAUAACUUCUAUCAACACAGCAAGGAAAAGGUAGAAAAUAUUCCUCAGCAGAACCAUCCAAGGUCAACUCUGGAAACGAGUGCCAAAGACUCCAAACUGCAUCAGCCAGCCAGUUCGUGCAAGUGGCAGAACGAUGGCAAAUCCAGAGAACGAGUUCUGGAGGCCGACCCCGAGAAAGUAACCCCGACAGCGGAUCCGUUCAGGAACGCCAACGUGGAUCGGGCGCCCCGAACUGAGGAUCGGGCUCACCUAGACUGGGACGAGAACAGCGACAAUAGGCGAUUCUCGCUGACACCGGUGAGGAUGUCCAACGCAAAGCAGUCGACAAAAGAUGCACGCUCUCAAGCGGCCUCAAGCAACUUGCAACCCAGGAAGGAUUGUCAGCGUGACAGUGAAAGCUGCCCAAGCAGGCGACAAGAAGAGGAGGAGGAGGAGGAGGAAGAAGAAGAGGUGGAUGUGGUCCCAGGGAGCCCCAUGUCAGAUUCCGGUUGUGGGGACGUUGGAGCUGGGAGAGGGGCGGCCCGGCACGGCGGAAGGGAAGGUAGCCCCGCCGACUCUCCCCUCUUCGAGAAGGAAAGUGAACCCGAGUCGCCAAUGGACGUGGACAACUCCAAGAACAGCUGUCAGAACUCAGAGGUGGAUGAGGAAACCAGCCCCUGCCUUGAUGAGCAGGAAAACAUCAGCUCAGUCAGAGCGGGAAACAAGGUUUCUGGACUUCGGGUGGUAGAGGCCGAAACCGAAUCGAGAGGGCGGCAGCCCAGCAGAGGUUGUGAAGAUCUGGGAUCGAGCGACCCGUUUGAGGGAGCAGAUAGCCCUCCUAGAGCAGACGAGCUGAACGCCAAGUGCUCUGGCCUGGCUUCUGGUUUCAGCGCAGACUGCAAGGGUGCAAAACACCACGGAAGGAAGGACUCUAAAAUCACAGACCAUUUUAUGAGAACGCCUAGACCUGAGGAGAAAAGAAAAGAGCAGUGCGAAUUCAAACAACAGAGGCCAGAAAAGAAGACCUCCAAAUACAUCCCACCUCAGCUUUCUCCAGAUAAGAGAUGGUUUGGAACGCCUAUCGAGGAGAUGAGAAGAAUGCCUGGGUGCGGGGCCCGCCUUCCUCACCUCAGACCCCUGGCCAAUCACACCGUCACCAUCCGGGUAGAUCUUCUGAGAGAGGCUGAAGUCCCUAAACCCUUUCCAUCGUACUACAAAGAUUCGUGGGACAAUAAACACGUUAAAAUGCCUUGUUCAGAACAAAACCUGUACCCUGUAGAGGAUGAGAAUGGUGAGCGGACAGCAGGAAGCCGAUGGGAGCUCAUUCAGACAGCCCUACUAAACAAAUUCACUCGCCCACAGAACUUGAAGGAUGCUAUACUGAAAUAUAACGUGGCUUAUGCCAAGAAAUGGGACUUCACGGCUUUGACUGACUUCUGGGAUAAGGUACUUGAAGAAGCCGAAGCGCAGCAUUUAUACCAAUCCAUCUUGCCUGAUAUGGUGAAGCUGGCACUUUGUCUGCCUAAUAUUUGUACCCAGCCAAUACCUCUACUGAAACAGAAGAUGAAUCACUCCAUCACAAUGUCACAAGAGCAAAUCGCCAGUCUUCUGGCCAAUGCUUUCUUCUGCACAUUCCCACGACGCAAUGCUAAGAUGAAGUCUGAGUAUUCUAGUUACCCAGAUAUCAAUUUCAACAGGCUUUUUGAGGGCCGUUCAACAAGGAAACCUGAGAAACUUAAAACUCUCUUCUGCUACUUUCGAAGAGUCACUGAAAAAAAACCUACUGGGUUGGUGACUUUCACGAGGCAGUGCCUUCAAGACUUCCCAGAUUGGGAAAGGUCUGGGAAAAAGCUGACCCGAUUGCACGUCACCUACGAAGGUACAAUUGAAGGAAAUGGACGAGGCAUGCUCCAGGUGGAUUUUGCCAACCGUUUUGUUGGAGGUGGUGUAACCGGUGCCGGGCUGGUACAGGAGGAAAUCCGAUUUUUAAUCAAUCCCGAACUAAUCGUAUCACGACUCAUCACAGAAGUUUUGGAUCACAACGAAUGUCUUAUCAUUACAGGUACUGAGCAGUACAGCGAAUACGUAGGCUACGCAGAAACGUACCGGUGGGCCCGAAGUCAUGAAGACGGGAGCGAAAGGGAUGACUGGCAGAGGCGCUGCACUGAGAUCGUCGCUAUCGACGCCCUCCACUUCAGACGCUACCUCGACCAGUUCGUGCCUGAGAAAAUCAGAAGGGAGCUCAACAAGGCUUACUGUGGUUUUUUUCGGUCUGGAGUUUCUCCCGAGAAUCUUUCAGCAGUAGCCACGGGAAAUUGGGGAUGUGGUGCCUUCGGAGGUGAUUCUAGAUUAAAAGCCUUAAUACAGAUGCUGGCCGCCGCUGCAACCGAACGAGACGUGGCUUAUUUUACCUUUGGGGAUGCGGAAUUGAUGAGGGACAUUUUCAACAUGCACACGUUCCUCACUGAAAGGGGGCAGACCGUGGGGGACAUUUACAAGCUUUUGCUCCGCUAUUACAACGAGGAAUGCAGAAACUGUUCAAACCUAGGACCCGAUGUGAAGCUUUAUCCUUUCAUAUACAAUGCCAUCGACUCCUAUGCAGAUUCCUCUGACCCGGCCUGGAAACGGACCGCGUUCUGAGGAUUGGAACUUGAGCCUUUCGCCUACUCUCCUCUGAAACAUCCUGUUGGAAUACAGGGUGGAAUAUAUAUAUAUGGACUGGCUUCAUUUAAUAUAAAUGUGUAUAUAAUCCUGUAUUUGUAGUCCAGCUUGUUGUCCGGUUCGGAGAGGGGUUUUCAGUUGGUACGGGUACAUCACUCCAUCCUGAUUAAGAAGAGGGAUUAUAUUAGGUACAUUUGAGUUUGGCAUGUUUCCAUCCACAGACUUCAAGCUGCCUUACUUCGCUACCCAUUAGAGUUUUCUUAAUAAUCUCCUCCAGGUUCUAUUUUGAGCUCUGUCAAACUGCGUGAACCGCCUCUCUCACUAAAUGGUGGCCGGGAACUCCCGGGGUGAUAAGGGGAAAGCUGGGCGACCAUUUUCCAGGACCUGGCAGUAGACCCUCGGCCCUCUCGACCACCAGGACUUUGGUGGCUACAUUCCUCCCACUGGGAUUUUCAGAAAUUUAAGGGUUUUUUUUUUUUCUAUCUUUUCUCAAAGUUAAACAGUUUAAGAAAAUGAUAAAAGGCCAGGAAGGCAACCUGUACAAUCAUUUGCCUGUUCUUCAUUUCCCACCCAAUACUUUUUCUUAUUUUUUUGCCAUUGGAAGGAGAUUGCGAUUGAGGGAAAUGCUGUGGAAAUGUGGUGUUGAGCUGAUAUGGUACGGAAGAAAAUUAGAGAAGGAAAUUGAGGGGUUUUAGUUUUAACCAGCAUCUGUGGGUGUGUUUUUUCCUAAUGGAGAGUGAGGGUGUGAAUAUUCACAUCAAGGAAGAGGUGGGGACUUGGGAUUCCAGUUCCUGUAUCAUUAUUGAGAUGUUCCUGAAAUUGGGAGAAUGCUUUAACUUUUCAAUGGCAUAUUGUUUAUCGCACACUAUCUCCCAUAUCUAUGUUUUCCAAUGUAUUCAUAUAUGUAUUGUAAGUGUGUUCAAGUGUAUGCACACUGAGAUUAAAUAAAACUGGAGUACUGAGACCGUGGCUAGACUUAGGUAUCAGCAGGUGCUCUGUCUCCAUCCUUUAUAGAAAUUGGGGUUCCUACAAGAAGCCCUCUGGGAUCUCCAGAAGGGCUGGAAGGAAAGGAUCUUUUUAGUGAUUUUCCACAGUUGGGGUAUAUAGGGGAUACAGUAUAUACCCCUGCCAAUCAGGAAACUGGCAGGAGAUGUUUUGGACAGUUGGUAAGUAAAGGCGUCCUUAUUCCUUGCCAUUUCAUUUGUCAUCAACCAGGUGGUUUGCUCACCAGCUGAAAUUGCUUUUCAGGUUCCCUCAUAAUUUGGGUGCUUUCCCCAUCUCCAGACCUGACGAAGCCCGCCCCAGCCUGUCUCGUCUUCUUUCUUCCCUCCAAGGUAGGAGGGGACCAUUCUUGAAAGCAUCAAUGGGGGUCGAGAAGCUUGCCUCGGGAGAACCACAAAAAAAAUGCACCACAAAUGCAGGCCAGGAGCCCUGGACUUCUGUUCAGUAGGCUUUUCCACCCCACACUAGAGAUCACAAAAUGCUCGUGGUGUGAAAACAUCGGCAGCCAGUGGGAAACAAAAGUGUCGCCUCAUCCAAAAAUGAGACUCUCCCGGAACUUGGUCACAAGAAGCACAGCGUGGCAGAGGUGGGCAGCCUUACCAGUCAGUUGGCCUGUAAUCUGGGGGAGGGACAGGAAAGGAGCUGGAAAAGAACCUUGCUUAGGUGCAUUAACCAAAGAUUGGGAUUGGUGACUUCAUAGUUCUUUAGCCAAAAAGCGUUGGUGCUAAAAGCUGUUCCCUUUGCAGCAAAAAGAUAAGGCAAUCCAAGGAAGAAAAAAAUACAGCCUCUACAUCAUGAGCUAUUUAAUGCAAUUCUCGUUUGAAUUUUUGAACUUAGUCCAAUAGUUUUCCUCCAUAUUUCCAUCUAGUGAGGCAUAGAGUUAUGAUCCUCUGAAAAUUCUGAGUGUAUCUUACCCAUCCUUUCACAGUGGAAGGUGGUAGAAAACGAGAGUCUAUUGGAUACAGAAAUGUAUCAUCCUAUGACAAAUUGUAGUAAGCCAGUCAGCCAUAUCUAUUGAGCGCUUAGUGUGUGCAAAAUACCGUUCUAAACACUUGGGAGAGUACAGUAUAUUGGAGACGGUAGAUAGGUUCCCUGCCCACAACGAGCUGACAGUCUAGAGGGAUCCGGAAGGAACCUUGGGCGAUCACAUGGCCCAAGUAGGAAAAUGACCUAACCAUCUAGAGCAGAAGAGUCAGAGGCCAGCCCAAACGGUUACUCGACACGAGCAAAUAAUAUUAGGCAAGGUAUCUGGUGGAGGGAAGGGGGAGUUUUCAUGCUAUUAGAGACCGCAGCAAAAUCAAGUGGCAUACAGUCCCCUCCUGAUUCCAUCUCGUACUUCUCUUCUUCCACCUGCCUCAUCUCCUCUGCCCCCUCCCUUCUCAAUUCACCCCUAACACUAAUCCAUGGUCGCCUUUCAAGUCUUGUUGAACUCCAGUGGUGCUACAGUUUGAGAGACAGAAUUUGAAAGCUGUUUGCAUAACUUCCCUGUCCUCGAGUAACAUGCCAGUAGAGAAGAUUGGAGUCCAGCUGACAGAGAGAGAGAUGAAUGGAAUUGGAAGGUGAAGGUGUGUUCUCCAUUCCAGGCCAAUGGGUCCCAAGCACAGUUCCAGUUUUCUCAGUGGGAGCUCUGGGAUUACCAGCAGUUGUCCCACGGGAACAACCCAAGUAGGAUCUGUUUAUCUGACUAAUGAUUUGACCUUUCCUGGUGGUUUGUUUUAAACUGGAGUUUGUGAGUUACGUUGGGAGGGUGGGAGACAAGUGGAGAUCUCAGUCUGCUAAUGUUUACAUGAUUUUUGUAGGAAGAGAAUAAAGAAAUUCGGAGCAUA